GCGCGGCGCUCCGGGAACUUGGGAUUCGCCGGGAGGUGCGGCGGCGGCGACGGCAGCAGCCAGCUUCCCAGGAAAAGCCAAGAUCUGAAGGUUGGAAAUAUUGGAUACGUUACUUGGGAAAGAGUAAUUCAUUUAACCAAAGCAGAGAUGGCUUAUUUAUAGGAAUAGCUUGAAGCCAGAGUCAUGGUGGAUGUAGGAAAGUGGCCAAUCUUCAGUCUGCUUUCACCUCAGGAAAUCUCAUCUAUUCGGAAAGCAUGUGUCUUUGGCACCUCAGCCAAUGAAGCACUGUAUGUCACUGAUGAUGAUGAGGUCUUCGUGUUUGGACUGAACUAUAGUAACUGUCUAGGAACCGGAGAUAACCAGAGCACACUUGUACCCAAGAAACUGGAAGCCUUAUGUGGCAAAAAAAUUAAAAGCCUUAGUUAUGGGAGUGGCCCCCAUGUUCUCCUCAGCACUGAAGAUGGAGUGGUCUACGCUUGGGGCCACAAUGGAUACAGCCAGCUGGGGAAUGGGACCACCAGUCAAGGCAUUGCUCCCAUACAAGUUUGUACCAAUCUCUUGAUCAAGCAGGUGAUUGAAGUAGCUUGUGGCUCACACCAUUCACUGGCUUUGGCAGCUGAUGGAGAGGUAUUUGCAUGGGGCUAUAACAAUUGUGGUCAGGUGGGAUCAGGAUCUACAACAAAUCAAGCAACUCCUCGAAAAGUUACAAACUGUUUACAUAUUAAGAGGGUGGUUGGUAUUGCCUGUGGUCAGACUUCCUCCAUGGCUGUUUUGGACAAUGGUGAGGUGUAUGGCUGGGGCUACAAUGGCAAUGGUCAGCUAGGCUUGGGAAACAAUGGCAACCAGCUGACCCCCGUGAGGGUGGCAGCUCUCCACAGCGUGUGUGUGAACCAGAUCGUCUGUGGCUAUGCACAUACACUAGCACUAACAGAUGAGGGCUUGCUCUAUGCCUGGGGAGCUAACACAUAUGGGCAGCUGGGAACUGGCAAUAAAAAUAAUCUGCUAAGCCCAGCACACAUCAUGGUGGAGAAAGAAAGGGUAGUAGAGAUUGCAGCCUGUCACUCCACCCACACAUCUGCGGCCAAGACCCAGGGUGGGCAUGUGUACAUGUGGGGCCAGUGCCGGGGCCAGUCCGUCAUUCUCCCUCACCUCACCCACUUCUCCUGCACUGAUGAUGUGUUUGCGUGCUUCGCUACCCCUGCUGUCUCAUGGCGCCUCCUGUCUAUAGAUCAGGAAGACUUUUUAACAGUUGCAGAAUCACUGAAGAAAGAAUUCGAUAGUCCAGAAACUGCUGAUCUGAAGUUUCGAAUUGAUGGGAAAUACAUUCAUGUCCAUAAAGCCGUGUUGAAAAUCAGGUGUGAGCACUUUCGAUCCAUGUUCCAAUCCUAUUGGAAUGAGGACAUGAAGGAGGUGAUAGAAAUAGACCAGUUUUCCUACCCCGUGUAUCGUGCCUUUCUCCAGUACCUCUAUACAGACACGGUGGAUCUGCCACCUGAAGAUGCCAUAGGUCUUUUGGACUUGGCAACAUCUUACUGUGAAACCAGACUGAAAAAACUUUGUCAGCACAUUAUCAAGCGAGGAAUUACUGUGGAAAAUGCCUUUUCCUUAUUCUCUGCUGCAGUCAGAUAUGAUGCAGAGGAUUUAGAAGAAUUCUGCUUUAAGUUUUGCAUCAAUCAUUUGACAGAAGUCACUCAAACUGCAGCAUUUUGGCACAUGGAUGGCCCCCUGCUAAAGGAGUUCAUUGCUAAAGCCAGUAAAUGUGGAGCCUUUAAGAACUGAAGCCCGAGGCUGCUGGGCUGUGUGAGUGCUCUGGGGCACUGUGGGUGAUAUGUCCAGCUUGUGCUCUACAGGUGAUGAGUUUCUGCAGGUAAAACCCACCAGGUGGUUUUUUCCACAUCUGAGACACUGUUCUCCAUAUGAAGGAUAUUUGGUUCUCCUGGGUCCAUGUUAAACAAAUGUGUGUGUUUUAAAUAUGACCUUUCUUGCAUAUGGGCUGGAACUUUAUGAAUGGCAUAAGUUUAGCUUCUUUUUUCCUUUUUGAUGAGAAGAACUUCUGAAAUUGGAAAAAGGCUUCCCUGAGGAAGGUCAGGUAGCACAGGGCCUUUGAUGUCAGGAGUUGUGUUAGUGACUGGUGACAUGAGCAGUGAUGCUUCAUGCUGAGAUAAGGAAGCCACACUCUGCUUGACCAAGCGCUGCCUUAGUUUCCAGUCAGUACCUUUCUGUGAGAAAAGAGUCUAGCUUGUGUGAGGGUUUUUUUUUGGAUAUGCUUUCACUAUUGAUGACUUAAAUAAAAGGAAAAUCAACAAAUGUCAAAGGGAAUAUCUGUUUAAUGAGUUAGGCCAAUUGAAAUAAUUAACGGUAAAUUUCUAGGUUAGCUAGAACUUAAAUCACAAUAAAAUUAAUCACACUAGAAGAGUACUAAUUUAGAACUAUCCAUGAUAAGUUGAUAAUAGCAUUUUGUGUGGAUAAAGGUGAAUAUCACUUAUCCACCUUUAUUUCAUUAAGGUUAAAUUGGGAGAACUUAAACUACCCCCUAUCACCUUUACCAUACAAAAUCAAGUGGCUCUCAUCUUCCUCUUAUGGCUGCUAAGCUGUGAGAUUUACAUUAUCGUGUAGAAGCGUUUUUUUUUUUUUUUUCUUCUUUUGGUGCUGGUCCUGGGGCUUGAACAUAGGGUCUGGGC